AUGGAUUUUUUCGGAACGAAGAGUGCUGUGCAAGAAAUGGAGCUGUCGCCCGCACAGAAAAAGGUCAAAUGUGAUCUACAAAGUUUUUAUGAAAACUUCGAUCCAGAUAGCAAUGAGGAUUGUAUGUUUGAUUCACCAUGCAGCCAAACGUACGAUGAGAAACCAUGCAUUCAAAGCCUUAACACAGAAAGAGCACAAGGAAACCAAGGCCAUUGCAUUCAGAUGACCUCACAAAUGGAGAAAACAGAUAAAUGGAGCAACUUCUUCCAGUGGCAACCAGAGAAUCAUGAUCUACUUACGAAGAAUGCUUCAAAGGGCUCCGCCUUUCAUGGCAAUGAUUCGGGCUACCAACAAAUCAAGAGAAGUAUUUCAAAGAAGAAACGUACCCGUACGAUGUUCACAACUGAACAAAUUAUAUCCAUGGAGCAAAUCUUUAAAUCCAGGCCUUACAUCUGCCAAGACGAGAGACAAGAACUAUCUCUUAAAUUAAAUGUCAGUGAGAGAGCGAUCAAAGUCUGGUUUCAGAACAGACGGCGGAUGUCCGAGAGGAGAGAGAAGACUGAAUUACCAGAAUCACCAGUAUCCGACGAAAAUUGUGACUCAAAUACUGAUAGGCUUGCAUACAUUGAACACUUAAUAAACGAUAGGACUGAUCAAUUCGGUAACGUAGCUCUUGAUGAUAAGGUGAUAACUGCAUUAGUAAGUGUUAUUGAUGAACAUUUACCUCGGGAAGGUGGUAUAUUAUUAAAUUCACUACGUUCAAACCAGCACGACACUUUACACUCGACUUCUCCAGAAAUUUGCGGUGAAAACGAAUUAAUGAAGUACGAAUGUAUUUCACCGUCCAGUGUUAUAGAUGAGUUUUUAAAUUAA